GUGACAUCUCACUUCAAACCACAACUGCAAUACAGGGGACAGAAAAUAAUCCCAUAGCUGCAGGAUCCAUGUUGGAACACAGAGUGGCACACAAGAUGAAAUACUUCACAGUUGAGACUGGCAAUACUUUUGAUUCUCAUAUUCAGUUUAUGAGCCAACUCAACACCACAAGAUGUUUUACGGAAGUCAAGUCUCCAGUGGAGAGUGAUGUCAUCAUGGCUUUCUGUCCCAUCGUCUCCCGCGCUGGGACUGAUAUUGAAGCAGCACUGCAACAGAUUCCAACUGGUAAAGAUGUCAUUCUAGUAGUGCAGCAUCACACCUUCAACCCAGACUUCACUGUACCUGACAGCAGCAGACUAGUGACCAGAAGUGAUGUUAUACUCACAGUGGACUGUCUGUUCCAUGAGAGCCAGGGAGGACUACUGGAGUGUCCUCGUAAUGAUGCAGCAGUCACCACGGUUCUGAAGAGGCUCAACAUACAGCCAGAGUUUGACAAUUGGGACAGAUCAGGUCAAACCACAACUGCAAUACAGUGGAUAGAAAAGAAUCCCAUAGCUGCAGGAUCCAUGUUGGAACACAGAGUGGCACACAAGAUGAAAUACUUCACAGUUGAGACUGGCAAUACUUUUGAUUCUCAUAUUCAGUUUAUGAGACAACUCAACACCACAAGAUGUUUUACGGAAGUCAAGUCGACAGUGGAGAGCGAUGUCAUCAUGGCUUUCUGUCCCAUCGUCUCCCGCGCUGGGAUUGAUAUUGAAGCAGCACUGCAACAGAUUCCAACUGGUAAAGAUGUCAUUCUGGUAGUGCUGCAUCACACCUUCAGCCCAGACUUCACUGUACCUGACAGCAGCAGACUAGUGACCAGAAGUGAUGUUAUACUCACAGUGGACUGUCUGUUCCAUGAGAGCCAGGGAGGACUACUGGAGUGUCCUCGUAAUGAUGCAGCAGUCACCACGGUUCUGAAGAGGCUCAACAUACAGCCAGAGUUUGACAAUUGGGACAGAUCAGGUCAAACCACAACUGCAAUACAGUGGAUAGAAAAGAAUCCCAUAGCUGCAGGAUCCAUGUUGGAACACAGAGUGGCACACAAGAUGAAAUACUUCACAGUUGAGACUGGCAAUACUUUUGAUUCUCAUAUUCAGUUUAUGAGACAACUCAACACCACAAGAUGUUUUACGGAAGUCAAGUCGACAGUGGAGAGCGAUGUCAUCAUGGCUUUCUGUCCCAUCGUCUCCCGCGCUGGGAUUGAUAUUGAAGCAGCACUGCAACAGAUUCCAACUGGUAAAGAUGUCAUUCUGGUAGUGCUGCAUCACACCUUCAGCCCAGACUUCACUGUACCUGACAGCAGCAGACUAGUGACCAGAAGUGAUGUUAUACUCACAGUGGACUGUCUGUUCCAUGAGAGCCAGGGAGGACUACUGGAGUGUCCUCGUAAUGAUGCAGCAGUCACCACGGUUCUGAAGAGGCUCAACAUACAGCCAGAGUUUGACAAUUGGGACAGAUCAGGUCAAACCACAACUGCAAUACAGUGGAUAGAAAAGAAUCCCAUAGCUGCAGGAUCCAUGUUGGAACACAGAGUGGCACACAAGAUGAAAUACUUCACAGUUGAGACUGGCAAUACUUUUGAUUCUCAUAUUCAGUUUAUGAGACAACUCAACACCACAAGAUGUUUUACGGAAGUCAAGUCGACAGUGGAGAGCGAUGUCAUCAUGGCUUUCUGUCCCAUCGUCUCCCGCGCUGGGAUUGAUAUUGAAGCAGCACUGCAACAGAUUCCAACUGGUAAAGAUGUCAUUCUGGUAGUGCUGCAUCACACCUUCAGCCCAGACUUCACUGUACCUGACAGCAGCAGACUAGUGACCAGAAGUGAUGUUAUACUCACAGUGGACUGUCUGUUCCAUGAGAGCCAGGGAGGACUACUGGACUGUCCUCGUAAUGAUGCAGCAGUCAGGACUAUUCUGAAGAGGCUGAACAUACAGCCAAAGAUUGGAGCUGAAGAAUGGAUCAGUAUCCCUGAGCAGGGUAACAGGCGGACCCGACAUCCUGGCAUUCUAGCUGUGAUUCAGAGCAUUAUAAUGGUUUAUCAAAGGCAAUCCAUGUUGGAACGCAGAGUGGCCAGAUUCUUCAGUCUACUCUACAACUACCCUUUCAAUCACAUUGCCAGAUUCUUCAGUCUACUCUACAACUACCUUGUCAAUCACAUUGCCAGAUUCUUCAGUCUACUCUACAACUACCCUUUCAAUCACAUUGCCAGAUUCUUCAGUCUACUCUACAACUACCCUUUCAAUCACAUGGCACACAAGAUGAAAUACUUCACAGUUGAGACUGGCAGUACUUUGAGUUCUCAUAUUCAGUUUAUGAGACAACUCAACACCACAAGAUGUUUUACGGAAGUCAAGUCUCCAGUGGAGAGUGAUGUCAUCAUAGCUUUCUGUCCCAUCGUCUCCCGCGCUGGGACUGAUAUUGAAGCAGCACAACAACAGAUUCCAACUGGUAAAGAUGUCAUUCUGGUAGUGCUGCAUCACACCUUCAGCCCAGACUUCACUGUACCUGGCAGCAGCACACUAGUGACCAGAAGUGAUGUAAAACUCACAGUGGACUGUCUGUUCCAUGAGAGCCAGGGAGGAUUACUGGACUGUCCUCGUAAUGAUGCAGCAGUCAGCACGGUUCUGAAGAGGCUGAACAUACAGCCAAAGACCCGACAUCCUGGCAUUCUAGCUGUGAUUCUGAGCAUUAUAAUGUGGCGAGUGUCUUCAGGCUACAUCUGUAGAGUGUGUUCGUAUGUGAAGCGGCGCAUCUGGGCACUUCUGGGACAAUAAUGAGGUUCAAAAUCCAUGUCCCUCUUCAACACCUCGUUCCAGAAGUGAUGAAAGCAGUUCCACUUUUGUACCAACAAUGAAGACACGAGAAUUGUUUUUAGGGAUUACAUCUAUCAUUUCACGGCCUACUAAAUAAGAAAAUGUAUUUACUUUGGAUGUGAAGAGAAUUUGCGGUUGUAAUGUAUAGUAAUUGUAAUGUAUAGUAAUUGGGGCCGAUAUAAAAAAUGUGAUUAAAAAUAAUGGAAAAUAAUAAAGAAGAAACAGGAUCUGUGGAAGGGGACACAUCUCAACAUCACUGGUAGUUUAUACAUGCAUCCCACUUCUGACACCAGUGUAGCAAACAGUGGGGGUAACCCGGGUUGCUUGACGCAAGGCUAACUUGCUAGCCACAAACUGAACUAUUUUGGAGGAGUUUGUAACAGGCAUACAAAGGCCUCACUAUUUUUGCAGUAGUUCAAUGACUGAGCUGAGCUCUAAAGUGAGGGAAAAGGCGUUUGAACAAAACAUUGCAUUCUGGGACGUGUCCCCUGGUCGGGUUGUUGAAGUCAAGAUGGCUGUAAACACCGAACGGUGGCUAGAGCAUGAAAUUGGCCUCAAAUGAAGUUCCUUAUUCAGUAAAAUCCUUAAAGGGCACCACUUAUCAACCUAAUUUUCAUUAUCUUCAGCACAAUACCAGUGUCAACAUAUGUGAAAACGGCGCAUUUGUACGUUUUUUAGGAAAAUAUCUAAUGUUAACUUCUACCUGAUGACAUUAUCAAAGCACAUUUAUAAACACUGAGAUUCGCAGUGACAUGGGGAGCAAGAAAAUACCUUCCCUCUGGCAAGAAACUCACUGCAGGUUUUGAAAAUCAAUGUUUUUUAAACUUUUAAUCCUACCCUGUGAUGUCACAGACAAGCAUUUUUUUAGGACCUUAUCUUUCUAACCACAGAUUAUAGAAACACGCUGUUUUCACAUAUGUAGACACUGGUUUGGUGAAGAUGAUUAAUGUGGCAGAAUUUCCCUUUAAAUGAAGUUCCUUAUUCAAUAAGAGUGUUUAGCAGUAACAUAACGUUUUGCUGAAAUGUUAUCCAGCCUGUGGAGGAAGCGUACAUUCAUACAGAUGUCUGAUUAACAGGAUCACGAACUGAGUGUGGGGAUCUAUUUUCUUACAACUAGAUGUGAUGCCUAGCUUAGAAAGAAUACAUUAAUGAUUAAACAUAAUAGG